AUGACUCUGCACUUGCACAUUUCCAAGUCUGCCCUCGGGGAAAUGGGCACCAGCGAUGGCCAGACAAACAAGAUUGAAAAUACUAAGAGAGCCAUCACCACCAAUGGCAGCCCAGAGGCCAAUGCCAGGGUCCCUCACAUAGACCCUCAAAUCCACACUGCAGAUAUCGUGCAGUUCACGCAGUUUGGGUUUGAAGAGAAAGUGGAGAGACUUGCAAACUGCUCAGGCUUCCAGCCAAGCAUGAUACAAGAUGUGUACAAACACUCAAGCACCUUCAAGCAGGCAGAAAAUAUUGCCAAGGCCAUGCGGGUCACUGCUGUGAAGUGUGUGGUGUCGAAAAUAAACAGGCAGGUGAUGCUGAACGGUGAUGGUGAGGAUGGAGAUGACAAAGAAGAUGAGGAAGAGGAGGAGGAGGAGGAGGAGGAGAAAAAAGAAAACAACGAGGGCAAGAAUGAGAAAAAGAACAAGGACGAGGAUGUCAAAGACGAGGACAAGAGCUGUAAGGAAGAUAGAAUGAUGUUGGUAUCCAGCGCAAGAGUGGUGAAGCUGAGUGCGAGCGGAUAUGUGAGGGUGGCAUUGAUGCAGUGCGAGUGGAUGCAUGAGGUGUGUGUGAGCAGCGAUAAGGAAGAUAGAAUGAUGUUGGUAUCCGCACAAAGUAGCCCACCAGAGCUGGUAGUGGACAAUGGGCCUAAGGAAGAUAUAAUGAUGUUGGUAUCCAGCACAAGAAUAGUGUAG